AAGCAAAGGCAAAGUGAAAGACUGUGAGCCCUCUUUUCUCCCAUCACAUCUGAUGAGACUGCAGAAGAAAUGGAAGUAGCUGUGAUACACUUGAUCAUCCUGGGAGCCAUCGCAGGUUUAACCAAAGGAGCUGGUGUGUUGCCUGAUGUUCUGAAUGCAGCUGUGGGAGAGACGGUGAUGUUCACCACAACACUGACUCCACCAAAAAAACCAUUUCUGACAGUGGGCUGGACAGUUGAUGAAAAAAAUCUAAUCAGUUUCACUGGUAAAAACUCAACUGCACCAGAGUAUGAAGGCAGGAUCACCCUCUUCAUGUCUACUGGAUCUCUGGAGCUCAGAAAUGUGGCUCUAAAUGACAGUGGGGUAUACAGAGUUAGCAUUUUUCCAUCUGGAGAGCCACAGAAGACAGGUGAAACCAGACUGAACGUAGAUGUACCAGUUUCCAAUGUAAUAGCAACAGCCAGCAGCACAGACUUGGUAGAGUUCAACAGCUCCGUCUGUCUGUCCUGCUCCUCCUCUGGAGCCUCUCUGUCUUUCCUCUGGCUGAACGGCAGCUCUGAGGUUACAGCCAGCGACAGAGUUCAGCUCACUGAUGGAGACGCCAAUCUCACUAUAUUAAACGUGACCCACUACGACCAGGGACCAUUUAAGUGUCAUGUGUCCAAUCCUGUCAGUAAUGGCACCAGUGAUCCAAUAAACCUCUCAAUCAGCUAUGGACCAGAAAAUGUUCAAAUCACAGGUCCAAGUGAGAUACAUCCGAAUGAGAACUUGACUUUAACCUGCUCUGCUGAGUCCAGACCACCUGCCACUUACACCUGGAUACUGAAUGGGACAAAGAUACACAAUUCUGCUGUGUUCACUAAAGACAGCAUUCAACCCUCUGACAGUCGCACCUACACCUGUGAAGGGAUGAAUGACGUAACUGGAAGAAAACUGUCUGCAGACCAUGAACUGUCUGUAACAGAUGGGCCGCCUGGAGGUCUUUCACCUGGCGCCAUUGCUGGAAUAGUUAUCUCAGUUUUAGUGGUUGUUUCUGCAGCAGCUGUUGGAGGUUACUUUAUUUAUAAAAAUAAACAAAGAAGAACAGAUAUGCUCUCCCCACUGUCAUUUAGAGCCACAUUUCUGAGCUCCAGAGAUCCAGCAGACAUGAAGAGGGUGAUCCGGCCUUCAUACUCUGGUUUAACCAAAGGAGCUGGUGUGUUGCCUGAGGUUCUGAAUGCAGCUGUGGGAGAGACGGUGAUGUUCACCACAUCACUGACUCCACCAGAGAAACCAUUUCUAACACUGGGCUGGACAUUUGAUGGAAAACCUAUAAUCACUUUCACUGGUGCAAACUUCACUGCACCAGAGUAUGAAGACAGGAUCACCCUCUUCAUGUCUACUGGAUCUCUGGAGCUCAGAAAUGUGUCUCUACAUGACAGUGGGGUAUACAGAGUUAACAUUUCUCCAUCUGGAGAGCCACAGAAGACAGUGCCAAUUUCCAAUGUAAUAGCAACAGCCAGCAGCACAGACUUGGUGGAGUUCAACAGCUCCGUCCGUCUGUCCUGCUCCUCCUCUGGAGCCUCUCUGUCUUUCCUCUGGCUGAACGGCAGCUCUGAGGUUACAGCCAGUGACAGAGUUCAGCUCACUGAUGGAGGCGCCAACCUCACUAUAGCUAAUGUGACCCGCUACGACCAGGGACCAUUUAAGUGUCAUGUGUCCAAUCCUGUCAGUAAUGGCGACAGUAAUUCAAUAACCUUCAACAUCAGCUUCAUUUUUAUUUUUCCUUACAUUUUGUUGACCUUUUUUGCUGUCAUUUUAUCCCUACAAUCAGACGGCCCAGACAAUGUUAAUUUGACAAUGUCUCCGUCACAAGAAUACCAUGCAGAAGGGUCAAACAUCACCCUGAUGUGCUCAGCUGACUCCAAACCUGAUGCCCAAUUUAAGUGGCUUCUGAAUGGAGUCCUGCUGUCUGAUACUGGACCAGAGCUCAGACUGAUGAACAUUCAGAUGAGUCAAAGUGGGAACUACAGCUGUCAGGCCUUUAACAGCAAAACUCUGAGAUAUGAAUCAUCUCCACCUGCCACCAUCUCUGUACUGAAGAUAAUAUCAGGUGCUUCAGUUAAGCCGUCAACAAACGUGUUGAUUGAAGGAAACUCAGUCAACUUAACCUGUGACGCUGCUGGCUCUGUCUUUACCAGAAAGUGGAGGAAGGGUGGCUCAGAUCUGAGCGUGUCUGAGAACAUAAUACUUUACGAUGAGAACAGAGUGCUGUCUUUUAAGAGCCUGAACAAAAAAGACAGUGGAGAAUAUUCCUGUACAGUCAGCAAUCCCGUCAGCAGCGAUGAAGCUAAAUACUCCAUGGAGGUCAACUAUGGACCAGAAAAUGUUCAAAUCACAGGUCCAAGUCAGAUACAUCUGAAUGAGAACUUGACUUUAACCUGCUCUGCUGAGUCCAGACCACUUGCCACUUACACCUGGAUACUGAAUGGGACAGAGAUACACAAUUCUGCUGUGUUCACUAAAGACAACAUUCAACAUUCUGACAGUGGCAUCUACACCUGCGAAGCGAUGAAUGACGUAACUGGAAGAAAACUGUCUGCAGACCAUGAACUGUCUAUGGGAGGUCUGGAGGUCUUUCAGCUGGCACCAUCGCUGCAAUAG